AUGGCAGGCGACGACAAUUCAAACCGCAAUAGAGAUUCUUCCGCCCAGAGCUCUCAACUAUGGCCCGAUGAUGACAACCCGUUCGUUGCUUUCCGUCGCUUUGCCGACGAACAGAUUUCCUCCAUGUUACAGUCAGUAACGGGGCUGCCGUCUAUGGUCACGGCCCCGCCACCCGAUCAUUGGUCUAUUUUCUCAGACGACAGAUACUACAAAGACGCGUAUACUCGCCAAAGACGAAGCGGUGACGGCAACGAAGGAGACCAUUAUGCAGGCUCAGAAACUGGCGCAUCAGCCGAGUCGACUGAUAAUCCACCAUCGAAGUCGCGCUGGCCAGGAUCAGAUGAUCCUUGGCAGUCCCAUCGUACCAGAAGACAGACUCUGCCUCACGACUCCUUCGAUAUCGACUUCUUUUUCGAUUCCUUUUUCGACAGGUUCUGGUUCGAUGAUCGUGUUUCUUCCCGUUUCUUCCAUCCGUACAAUAGGCCCCUGUUCUCGAGCAUGAUAAACGAUGAAUCUCCGGCCUGGCCUGUUACCUACCUCAUGUUCAGCCCUUACUCCCCUCUGCAUUUGGAGCGUCAGGCACAAUAUCGGUCCAGUCGUGAGCGUGGAGUAUUCUCGUCUCUCAUGUCUACUCUGAACCUUUCUGCUGAAAAUGAUCCCACAGAGCCCCAGUGGCGGGAGGCUUUUGAGGAUCUUUUGCGACUUGAAAACGGAAAACCUAUGCUUGACAGGGACCCUGCAGACAUCAGCAAGAGGGAAUCGGGGAAGGACUGGCUGCAGGGGCUGGUCAAACGUGGUAGUCUUGGGGAUCGUUUCAAGUACAUCUCUGGAACAGAAGGCCGACCAUGGUCGACUAUUACGUUCGAUAGUCCAAAGAGCACAGAAGAUGGCCGCAGUCUGGCUGAGGAGGAAGCCUCGACUAAUAGCACAAAGGCGGAAAUUAGUUGGGGUGACGCUGAGACUGAGUCAGUAACAGAGCUAGAUAUGUACGACCGUUUCCUUGCGGACAUUGAAGCUCGUGAGCGGGAGUUUUUCAAGGAUGCACACGAAAGCCCUCUCCUGCGCCUUCUUCUUGAAGAUAGAUACAGAACCCCAGAUAACAGAGUAUCAUCACGGAAAGCAAACUGGGUUGAAGAUACAGAAAGCAGCCUAGACCAGGUGUCUGGCGAACACCAGAAGACUGUUUCAGAGACAGACUCAAAACCGUCCACCAAUACCUCUCCUGUGGAGACCAACCACUCGGUGGCGGAGAACAAACACUACGUCAUAUCCACCAAAACUUCAACAGAGCGUAUCCGGCUUCCUGAUGGAUCGAUUCAGACAAAGACCCUAAAGACUCAGCAGUUCGCAGAUGGCCGGGAAGAGAGCAAUGAAUCUAUCGAGGUGGUCAAUCCUCUGCAGGUCAAUCGGGAACCCACUAAUCCGGAGGGAGCUCCGUCUGAUGAAAAACCGAGCGGCUGGUUCUGGAAGGGUGAAUAG